AUGAACAAGUUCUCCAGCCUGGCUAUAGAUGAAAUGGGUAACUUAAGUAUGGAGAGUUUCCUCAGGGAGUUUCCCCAGGACAGUUACAACUGUUCCUCCCACCAGGGCACAGGAUCGAUCUCCGAAAACUUCUGUUACUCCUCCCCUCUCCCGGAACACCGCUACCUGGCCACACCCACCAGCUGGACCUCUGACCGCCACCCACUAUCCAAGAGCCCCUGGGGCUGCCUAGACCCCUACACCUCUGAGGACCAGGACAGGGAGUAUGUAGGCUUUGCUACUCUGCCCAACCAGGUACACAGGAAGUCAGUGAAGAAGGGAUUUGAGUUCACUCUGAUGGUGGUAGGAGAGUCUGGUCUGGGUAAAUCUACACUAGUCAACAGUCUGUUCCUUACAGACCUCUACAAGGACAGGAAGGUGCUGAAUGCAGAGGAGAGGCUGGCUCAGACUGUGGGCAUCACUAAGAACACAGUGUGCAUCGAGGAGAAGGGAGUGAAGCUCAAACUCAACGUAGUGGACACACAAGGCUAUGGAGAUGCUAUCAAUAAUACAGACAGCUAUAAGUGUGUGUCCGACUACAUUGACCAUCAGUUUGAACAGUACCGCAGGGAUGAAUUCGGCCUGAACAGAAAGAACAUCCAGGAUAACAGAGUCCACUGCUGCCUCUACUUCAUCUCUCCCUUCGGACAUGGUCUGCGGCCAUUGGAUGUAGAGUUUAUGAGGGCUCUGCAGGACAAAGUCAACAUCAUCCCUGUUGUGGCCAAAUCUGAUAGUCUCACUUAUGAUGAGGUCAAGAAGAAGAAGAGCAGGAUCCUAAGUGAGAUAGAUAAGUACAGGUUAAAGAUCUACCAGUUACCAGACUGUGACUCUGAUGAGGACGAGGAGUUCAGGAGGCAGGACAUGGAGCUCAAGAGGAGCGUUCCGUUUGCAGUGAUUGGCAGUAACAUGGUGGUGGAUGUUAAUGGUCGGCGGAUCCGCGCCCGUCUCUACCCCUGGGGAGUGGUGGAAGUGGAGAACCCAUAUCACAGUGACUUUGUCCACCUGAGGAACAUGUUGGUGAGGACUCAUAUGCAGGACCUGAAGGACAUGACCCAUGACACACACUACGAGAGUUACAGAGCACAGUAGCUGUGCAAGAGCCAAUGCAUUGAUGUGGAUUAUGACUUCUGCCACACUACAAUCUAAUCCGGGAGGCCUUUGGUGUAAAACAAAAGA